AUGUUUUCUUACUUAUUUACAGUAUUAGUUGCAUCAACGGCAGCGGCACCAGCACUACUUACAUUACCACCCUAUUCUGAGCCAUGUUACGACCCAGAACCAAGCCCCUGCUAUCUACCGUGCCCAGAACCUUUUCUUCCACCAUGCCCUGAACCUUUAUCUGAACCACCUUGUUUAGAAACAAAUAACCCACCUUGCCCAUUACCACGUCCAUCGCAACCCGCCGACCCUAACCUGCCACCACCAAGUAAGUAUAAAAGUGAUAUUUUAAAACUGUUCUUCAGGAAUUUUAUUAAACAGUUAAAUAUUAUUGCAGCUCCUGGUGGCAAUGGACCGAUUAGAGUCAUAUUAUCGAAGUCAAGAAUUCCUGAAAAAUUACGCUCAGCAGGUUUCCAAGCUGUACAAGUACCAGGUGGAACAUUUUAUAUUACCCAUUCCCCUCCAGUACUCAUACAGCCACCCUCCAUUUUAGUUAGACCAGCUCCACUUCGUCCGAUCACUCCUGCCGCUAUUACUGUGCAACCCCCGCAACAACCACCUAUAGUGCCACCACGUAUAGUUGUAAGGCCUGCACCGUUGCCCCCUAUAACACCCCCUCCUAUCUGCGUACGUCCACCUCGGCCUGCUCCAAUCCAACCGAAAUCCGUUGUUGUAAGGCCACCGAAACCAGCACCAAUUCAACCGUCACCAAUCACUGUAACGCAGCCACAGCCUUCUCCAAUAAAUCCACCCCCAAUUGUCGUCCAACAGCCUACACUGCCGACAGUUCAACCACCAACAAUAUGCAUUCCCACGUCAGCUAUUUUCAAAGGCGAACCUAGUAUAAGGUAUCCAGGUAUACCUGAACCUUGCUCUGUUCCGUGUCCAAGUCCAUGUUCCUGUCCAUACUGUUCUAGCCCGUGCGCUUAA